AUGAUUUCCCCUGUCAAGAACGCAGGAAAAGGGGCAUGGAGGAAUCCAGAACUGCUUGAAGACACAAGUGCACUUGACCACAAGUGCGCAGAAGUGGUCGCACAGGAGUUACUCGGCAGCUUUAGAGAACGAUCAGAUAGGGCUCAACAGUUAACUGGAGAAGGUAAGAAGACGAGAGGCUCAGAAAUAGGUGAUGUUCUGGAUGAAAAGAAAAUAAAACAUAUGCCUAGGUAGAAAACAAUUAAAAAACAAUAGGGAAAUGCGAAACAAAAAGGAAGACGGAAAAAAAGAUAUUGCUAGCGCCUGGAGUCGAUCGCUCGACCUUUCACGUGUAGGGAUGAGCACUUUCCAUAGCGCCAGUUUUGUAACGUCAACAUGUCAUUUUGAAUGCGUUAAGCUCGUAAGGUUUCUGCCCAUGCACUCGCGUGAAACCAUGCGAUAUUAGAAGGCUUUUUUUUGGCACUGGUCGCUGAAGGAGUGAGCGAGUGUUUAUUUCGAGUGAGGCGAAGCUUUUGUAUAUUUCUAGUUCUUAUACACAAAGUAAAAAUUCAGUCACUAAUGUUAGCAUUACUAUUGCCUUGCACAACCGGUCCUGGGUCAUACUAAGCUUAACUGGUAUUCUUCUGUAUGUUGUUGCACUUGAACAGCGUGUUUAAGAAACGUAAUAACUGAUUAAAAAUAUCAAUUUUAGUUUUCCAGGAAGUCAAAAGUGAGCAAAAACCAGAAGAAGUACCCACGAAAGUUCUUUCCCUCGUAGAGCGUGGCCUCAAGGGAAACGACACCUCGGACAAUGAGGAUAUAUGGCCUUUUGUUUGGGAUUUCGCCGGCCAGGCAGUAUACCAUGCCAUUCAUCCAAUUUUCCUAUCGCAAGAAGCCAUAUAUGUCCUAGUGUCAGAUCUUACUAUGGAGCUAAGUGCUCCUGCCCAAUGUCGGAUAAGACCGCCUAAUCACGAUGAAAUAGUGGUAAACUCGCCUUACGUCGCGGACACUAAUCUCGAUCACAUGAUGAGAUGGCUGGACUUGGUGCACUCUUUGGGACAGCCAGAGUUCCAGAGAAAGUCGGCGGAUACUAACGAAGUUUUGCCUCCUGUGGUGCUUGUGGGUACACAUGCUGAUGGUGUAAGGGAUCCUUGCAAGGAAAUGGAAUCUAUAAAUGAAACCAUUUGCAGCAUGGCUCAUUCAGCAACCUUAGGCCAUAUUUCAAAAGAAUUAUUCUUCAUAGAUAACGCAAAUCCAAACAGAGAAGACGACCCACAGAUCGUUUCUUUGCGUGCGGAAUUAUUGAAUCUGGCCAGAAAAAUGCCACAUAUCAACAAAGUAAUCCCUAUGCAGUGGCUCCGUGUGGAACAAAAAGUCGACGAAAUGGUGGAAAAAGGGAUGCAUUAUGUUGGUAAGAAGCGUUUUGCAGAGGACUUUUCUGGAGGCAUUUGCCAGUUUAAUGGCCCAGAUGACGUCGAAGAAUUGCUACACUUUUUACAAGCUCGCGGAAGAGUUAUCUACCAAGAUCUCCCUGAAAAUGAAGAUGGUUUGGUCGUGCUGGAUCCGCAGUGGUUAAUUAAAAUACUAUGUGAGAUAAUUACGGUGAGUCCACCAUGGAAAAACGAUCCUGUUCUUCAGAAAGAUUACCAAGUCCUCGGAAGAAAGGGACUGCUUUCGCAGCAGUUGCUAGAUCGAGCGUUUGAACACCUUGAAUUGAAUCAUAUUAGGGAUUCACUGAUUUAUAUCAUGGAAAGCUUUGAUGUUAUAUGCAACUCUAAGAACUGCAAGGGGGAAGAUUACCCUUAUUUGGUUCCUUGUAUGUUGGAAUCACCAAUGAAGAAUACGAGAGGCACAAACAUGCGCAAUGGCCCUUUGUCCGUAUUUCUCACAUUUAACACCAACUACGUUCCAAGCGGGCUGUUUUGCAGACUGGUUGUACAUUUUUGGGAAUGGGCCUCACAAUUAUGUGGCUCCUGUAUAGCCCCCUCGUUAUUUUCAAACGCCGCUCGAUUCAAUGUCAGUAAAAAGUACCAGCUCACUUUAGAGUGUCACAAAACUGUGAUCAAGUUGAUAAUCUGGACACCGCGAGAUUCGGAUAAAAUUGAAGAGAAAAGAAUUUGCGAAGAACUAUUGAGGUAAGCCACGAUCAUGUCUGGCAUUAUUUCGUCUAAUUUAAACUUUUUACUGUUUAAGCAAUAUUGAAUGGAAUACCAAAAUCAAAGAAAUAGAUGAAAUACUGUCACGUUGCUGUAAAUGAAGGGAAUCUUAAAGGCCUUCUUAAUUUUCUUGACUUUUUAAAUCGUUCUGAUCCUUAUGACAGAUUUUUUGGAUUGAGGACCCUUUUUUUGUGCCAAUUUUUUCGAUUAGGGUGGGAUGCCUUCAGUACGAUACAAUGAGUCAUGCUUGCGUUAUUCGCGUUGUUGAUGUCUUUGUUGCCAUGUUUGUUCAUUGCAGUCAUCUGGAGCGUUGCAGGACAAGGCUAAGCGUCACCUGUCCGUGGCUACGAUCAGUUACGAUGGAAUUGUUCGUGAAAUGCCAGUUGUGUGAACCUUGUCCAGAUAAGUGUCGUGCCAGAACCAAUAUUUGCAUAUUUCACAAAGAGGAAGGCUGCUCUCAUUUUGACUGUGGCCACUAUAUUCCAUUAAGAAGCUUUGGCCUGAGUUGUGAACACACUGUUGAUGCUGUUCCCUAUUAUCGCGCAGAAAAACUGGAGCCUUGGGCUCAGGUAAGGAAAAAAAAACUUCUUUUAAUUUAUGUAAAGUGAUUCAGGAGAAUUUGAAACUCAUGGUUGGCAGAUAGCUCUGUCGCACGCAACACUUUCGUAGGAUAUUCGAUUCCCUUCAAACCUGAAUUUUUCCAGGCUUUAUCUUUUACAAAUACUUAAAAAGUUCUCCUAGCUGCAAUGAUCUUUCUCUAAUCAAUAAAUUUUGUGUGAUUACCACUAUUUCCUUCUGCCUUUUAGGCUUUGGAAUCCAUUGAACGUAAGAAACUAACUGGUAAGUUUUUUCCAUCAGCAAAAAUUUUUUCGAUAAAUAGUUAAGUCAAUAUCAGUUUUCUGGAAAGCAACUUGCCCGCCUAGUAAAAUGUAGAGAUACAGGAAAUACUGUGUGAAAGUAGAGGAGUUCGAUUGUCACCAACCGCUUCUUGUGGGGAAAGCGGUGCAUGAAAUUUUAAAAGGAGACCAGAAAGCACAAAGUAGACUCCAUGAAAGUGACCUCGUGGUCCAGCUCCUUGUUUCUCUGUGACAGUUAUUUGUUGAUAUAAAAUUGUUAUUUUUAUACUCACAGUUACCGUUGCAAACUUCCUUUUAACGACUUUGUCUUUCUACUCUGGCUAUUUAUUGAACUGAAAGGAUAGUUUUUUCCAAGCUUUUUGCUCGAAUUUUAAAAUGACACUUGAAUGGUAGGUCACCAAAUUCGAAAAAAAAAAAUUUACUCAGUUUGUGUACGUGGGCCUACUUAUCACGUGUAAAAUGAAAUGGCCUUAAACGACGGAAAGACCUGAAACCUUUUUAGCAGAUAAGGAAAAUCGUCAAGGAUGUGUACAAGCUUAUCUGUUGACCGAAAAUAUCUGUUCCAAUUGGCUUUCCUUAACAUUUGUUAAGAAUGCGAUACAAGCGUGCAAGUGUCACAAGUGCCCUUGCAAGUUUUCAUUUCUAGUGAAUGUCUUUUAUUUAACCCAAGUUGUUUAUUGUAUGGAAAUGAUUUUUUUCAAGCUUUUCGCUCGAUGGCAAACAAGACAUAUAAAUGGUAGGUCACCAAAUCCGUUUACGUGGGCAUGACAAUUUUUCUUCCUAACAGAAAAAAGAGAACAAGAGAUCAUCCGUUCGCGUAUGUGGACGUGCAUAUUUCGUGUAAAAUGAUGCACGGGAGGGAUGCAUAAUGCAAUGGCACGAACUGUCCUUGAAACAAAUUCCUCAGGAGACGUUUUAUUAGGAAAGGAAAAGCUCCAUUGCUACAAUGAAUCUUUUGGCUCAAAAAAUCUGAUCUAAUGAUUGUUUUUUACAUUUGUUGUCAUACAGGUGGCCGCAAUGAAGAGCCAUCUCCGAGUGACGCAGGUAAAAUGAGGACAGAUCUAUAGGCAUGCCUGUUAACUCCCACCUCCCACCCCAUCUUCCCGCCCCCUGCCUUUGUAAAAUAAAAAUGCGUGGAUCCAGCAAAAUGGUAUGAAUAGUUGCGAUACGUUCUACACGCUAUCCCCUCAUCUUGAUGCUUUUCUGUGAUAUCUUUAUGUUUUUAGUCAAGCAAGGAGUUCCCAGUGACGAAGAUUUAGAGUGGCUUUCGCACAAACUCGAAAAUUGGGAGGAACUCGGGCGUCGUCUCGGAAUUGACGAUGCAACAUUAACAGCGUUUGACGAUGACUAUAAGAAAAAGCGUAAAAAAAUCUACAAAAUGUUACGACAUUGGAAAAAGAAGGAUGGCUCAGCUGCAACGUACAAGGUCUUACAUGAUGCAUUGUGUCAUAAAUUUGUUAAGCGCACAGAUUUAGCUGAGGAACUUUGCCGUCAACAACAUGAAUGA